UCCACUCACGUGAUCGCGCCUGGGGAGAAAACGCCUGACCCCAGUCCCUGGCCUUCACGCCACAGCCUGUUCGCCCAGCGACUCGUCUGCCGGUCGCACUUCGGUGUUCUGCGCGUCCCUCCACCCCAACCCGGGGUUUUCCUGGAGCCUUGUCCGCCAUGCGGCUCCUGCCUCUGGCUCCAGGUGGGCCCCGGUGGGACAGCCGCCGCCACCUGCCCUCCUGCGGCCGCGCGCUGCUGCUGCUGCUCCUACUGCUGGGCGGCUGCCUGGGGGUCUCCGGGAUGACGGCGGGCUCGCGGAGGCCCAACGUGGUGCUGCUGCUCACCGACGACCAGGACGAAGUGCUCGGCGGCAUGACACCACUGAAGAAAACCAAGGCUCUCAUUGGAGAGAUGGGGAUGACUUUCUCCAGUGCUUAUGUGCCAAGUGCUCUCUGCUGCCCCAGCAGAGCCAGCAUCCUGACAGGAAAGUACCCGCACAAUCAUCACGUUGUUAACAACACUUUGGAGGGAAACUGCAGUAGUAAAGCCUGGCAGAAGAUCCAAGAACCAAAUACGUUUCCAGCAAUUCUCAGAUCCAUGUGUGGUUAUCAAACCUUUUUUGCAGGAAAAUAUUUAAAUGAGUAUGGAGCCCCAGAUGCAGGCGGACUGGAACACGUUCCUCUGGGCUGGAGUUACUGGUAUGCUCUGGAAAAGAAUUCUAAAUACUACAAUUACACCCUGUCCAUUAAUGGGAAGGCGCGGAAGCAUGGUGAAAACUACAGCGUGGACUAUCUGACAGAUGUGUUGGCCAAUGUCUCCUUGGACUUCCUGGACUAUAAGUCCAACUCUGAGCCAUUCUUCAUGAUGAUCUCCACUCCAGCACCCCAUUCACCGUGGACAGCUGCACCUCAGUACCAGAAGACUUUCCAGAAUGUCUUUGCCCCAAGAAACAAGAACUUCAACAUCCAUGGAACGAACAAGCACUGGUUAAUUAGACAAGCCAAGACUCCAAUGACUAAUUCUUCAAUACAGUUUUUAGAUAAUGCAUUUAGGAAAAGGUGGCAGACUCUGCUGUCAGUGGAUGACCUGGUGGAGAAACUGGUCAAGAGAUUGGAGUUCACUGGCGAGCUCAACAACACCUACAUCUUUUAUACAUCAGAUAAUGGCUAUCACACAGGACAGUUUUCAUUGCCAAUAGACAAAAGACAGCUGUAUGAGUUUGAUAUCAAAGUUCCACUGUUGGUUCGAGGGCCUGGGAUCAAACCAAAUCAGACAAGCAAGAUGCUUGUUGCCAACAUUGACUUGGGUCCUACUAUUUUGGACAUUGCUGGCUACAGCCUGAAUAAGACCCAGAUGGACGGGAUGUCCUUACUGCCCAUUUUGACAGGGGCCAGUAAUUUGACCUGGCGCUCUGAUGUCCUGGUGGAAUAUCAAGGAGAAGGCCGCAACGUCACCGACCCAACGUGUCCCUCCCUGAGUCCUGGAGUGUCUCAAUGUUUCCCAGACUGUGUGUGUGAAGAUGCCUACAACAACACCUAUGCCUGUGUGAGGACCAUGUCAGCGCUGUGGAACCUGCAGUACUGCGAGUUUGAUGACCAGGAGGUGUUUGUGGAAGUCUAUAACCUGACCGCGGACCCAGACCAGAUCACUAACAUCGCUAAAAGCAUAGACCCCGAGCUUUUGGGGAAGAUGAACUACCGGUUAAUGAUGCUGCAGUCCUGUUCUGGGCCAACCUGUCGCACGCCAGGGGUUUUUGACCCCGGAUACAGGUUUGACCCUCGUCUCAUGUUCAGCCACCAUGGCAGCAUCAGAACUCGAAGGUUUUCAAAACAUCUGCUGUAGCAGUCGUGCCCAGCCUCUGCAGUUGGAUCCCUGCACGCUUCUUUCUGAUGAAGUGAUUGUAGUAGGUGUCUGUAACUUGUCUUCAAGACCACGCCUGGAAGAGUUUCUGGACUGCCUUGUUUCAAGUCCUGUUUGAAAAAGCAAUCUAAUCAGCUGACUUCCUUGUGCCAUGUGUGAAACUGUGAACUCUGCCAUCAAGAGUGGCUAUCCCAGCCUCUUCCUUUCGCUGAUAACAAACACUCCUGACGUCUUUGUUCUCACCACAAUCCUUUCUGUCCUGGGGCCACAGUUCUUAGUAUUCCCCAUGUGGUCCAAGCUGAAUUCACAAGUCCAUUCAGAUAAAUGGCAAUACUUUAGGGGGAAAAAGGAAAUUUGUUGUUACUUAGGCUUGACCCAAAGUCAAAGGACUUGCAUACCAUUUGAGAGUGAGCACCUCACUAUGAAAAUUCCUAACAUCACAUGGCUUAACCACCAGAGCAGGAUCAUCUGAUGAAGAACAUGCUACCACUGCUGGAACAAGCAGAGAUACUGUGUAUCAACUCCUUCAUGAUGUGAUAAUGUCACAGACUCAGUAAGUCCACCAGGCUCUGUUUUUGGGGAGUUUGUUUCCGUUCUGGACUGAAAUGGAGCCAUCAGCUUGUAGUAGAAGCUAAUCCCAGGAAGCUCUUGAGGUGACAGUCACUACUUGCCCGCGGCUGCCAACCACACGGAGUGCCAGUUAGCACGAGCAGUAUUGGAGGGAAAGAGCUUCUCUUGGGGCUUUCCUCUCUGAUGUGAAAAAUAACAGUGGCUUAGGUGCACCUAUCAGGGAAGAAAAAUGGCCAAGGGUUGAUGGAAGGCUGUGUUUUCCGAGGGCAUUCUAUGGCUAGCCUUGGGUUACAAGUUUUAGGGUUGUACCCCUGUCGCGCAGGGAACCUGAGUGUCAAUUCCAUGCAUACAGUCAUUUUGGCUGGAUUUUGCUGUCACUGUUCGUUUUAAGAUGGAAAAACUUCUUCCUGUGCCCCAUGCAGAUAGUUGCCCUGAGUGUUAUGGAAAUCUUACUUAAUAGGGCCUUGCUGACUACUCCCCCGUCAGUAGCAUCUGUUUAGGCUUCCCCAUUCUUCAGAAUAUCUACAUUUUUAUUGGCAUGAAGGCCAAUUCCAGUUCUACUGUUUGUUGCACAAGAAGGGUAAUUGUGAUGGUGGGGUGGCAGAGGGUAGGUAGAGAUACAGUCUUACAAGCUGUUCAACUCAGGCAGGAAGUCCUUCUAGCUUUAAGAUUUUCUGUCAAGCUUUAAGCACUUUGUAAGACAUGGCCAUGAGUGACUGCUAUGAGAAUUCCAGGUGGGUUAAUAGCUGUGGAGUUUAUCCCGUUACCUCAAGUAUCGAGACGAAAUAGGGAGUGAAAUGAACACCUCUGCUGUGACUGUUUUAGAGAAAUGGUAGAAAUCUUGUAACAAACUACAAUGUUGAGUAUGGGUAUCACCUUUAUUCUCUAUUUGACUGAUAAUAUUAUCAGUCAACUUCCACAGUAAUGAAAGUUGACCACAGUUAUUCCCAAAUAAAAAGAAAGCAACUCUUACCAGGUCUUGGGCUGUGAUGUCAUAUUAUUCAGUUUUAUGUUGUUGGUUCGGGAAAGCAGGUAAAGCCCUAAGAGUUACCCAAAGUAGUUGCUAGUAGGAUCUCUGCCACGUGGCUCUUCAUUCAGCCAACAUUUUGGGUGGUGGGGAUAUGGUAAGGCCUCUUCUGUACCAUUUCUGUUUUUGGUACAUUUCUUACCUAAUCUUUGAAUAGAGACCUCCAUUUAUAGCCCAACCAACUAAAAAGUGCACUAUUUCCAGAAUGUUUAUGUACAAGGGACCCACUACAGGAGGCCUGCCUUGUUCUCAGUUGUACUGGUCAAGUCCAUAUCUGUCGGUGCCCUUCCUAAUAGAGAACAGAUAAAACCAUUAGGAAUGAAUGGAGGCCUUAGCAAUGAAAUGGAGAUUUUUUUGCCUUAUAGGAUUUCUUAUUAUGAAGCUUCCUUUCACAUAAAGCCACAAAGGGGGAACAAUCUUUAGAGCAUCUUUGAAUUUCACAAGUGGUGCUGCUGCCAAUACAUUCUAACAACCAUAGGGGUUUUUUUGUACAAAAUACUAAUGAUACUCAUGGAAGUUAUCGCUUAAUCUGUGAAAAAUGUUCUUGCAUUGAUUUUUUUUAAGUAUCUAAAAUAAAGAUUAGUGCUUUCUUAAUGAAAAAGCUGAUCCUUAAUAAGAGAAAGCAAAGAUUAUUUCAGACUGACCCACCAGUGGAAGUAGCUGAGUAUUUCCAGGUUCUUCUGUUUGUCCACGCCACCUCAUUCCACCAAUUUGUUAGUUCCUGUGUUGGCAUCAUCUGUUCCGGCUUUGUGUCAUCUCAUUUAGAAAGUGCCCUUCCAAGGACCCUGUUCACUGCUGCACUUUUCAAUGAAUUAAAAUUGAUUUCUGUUCCAGUGGGAA